CGCCGAACGGCCGUGAUGCGUUCGUUGAUGUGCAGGUACAUGUGGAGCUUCACAUACUGUACGGACGAAAUACUACCUCUGGCUACACACGCUCACAUACAAACGACAGAAGAAAAUCCGGAUUUUAAAAGACACUCCAGUACUCAGGUCUUUCCUAUCAUAGUAACUUCUGGGAUGGAUCGGUCGGUGCCUUGAAAAACACUGACUAACCAAGAGCUGAAAUCGGUGGCAAGUCAAAAAAAAACCCGGUGAAAAUUGAAGAAUGUGAAUAGGGUGGAUGGUUAGGUCGAAGGCCCAUAGUCCCGAAGGCUAAUAUGAAGUUAAUAUGGGUUUCUAUCAGAAUUCUGGGUGCUUCGGUCUUCUUAUGCUCCCUCAUCGGGUUCUAUCACAUUGGAAAGUUGAUGUCCAGGUCGAAUACAGCCUUAUCUAAACGGAGCAUACAAACCACACCGUCCCACCAACAGAACACCUUCCCUAAGACCAUUGGAUCCCUUAUUCAAGAUGUCCCUAAAAGCUCGUUACCCAACGAAAUAUGGGACCAAGACUUACAUGCCACGAACACGAAGCAAGUGGACGAGGACGAGGAUGUCAGAAUUAACGGCGAGUUCAGUGCUUUGGACCCAACCGAGAAGGAACCAACUAUGACAUCUCGAGGGAAACAACAUGACGCAAGAGCGCCUUUGGUUCGCGACAUCUUUCAACAUUCGUGGAAGGUCUCAGGAGCGGAUAUUUGCCAAAAGAAGCCCAAGGUCGACAUUCUCGUGGUUGUUAUAAGUUCUCCAUCACAUAUUCUGCAACGGAAUUCCAUUCGUGAGAGUUGGGGAGAACAAGUCAAGGAGCGCAAGAGAAUGGCCUUGCUCUUCAUUCUAGGCAGAUCUCCCGAUCUUGACCAGCAUGUGAUUAACGAGUCAAUUCAAUACGAAGACAUUGUUUUGACCAACCAUGAAGAUACGUACGAAAACUUGUCCCUUAAAAUACUGGCUGCUCUUCAAUGGUAUCAAGACUUCUGCCCACAGGCCAAGUACCUUGUCAAAGUGGAUGAUGAUGUAUUCAUGCAAAUUCCUCGUCUACACACACUCUUAGCGGGGAUGAACCGUUCCAAACUCAACCAUGGCAAGAAACUGAUCUUGGGAAAUGUGGCCAGCGGCUGGGCUCCUUCACACGAGAUCAAUUCCAAGUAUUACAUCUCACCCAAGGAAUUCAACAAGACUGUCUUCCCGGCAUUUGUAACCGGACCUAGCUAUGUGAUCUCCACGCCUGCAAUUCCCGAAUUGUUGGCAUUAGCCUGGGACCAUCCCUAUAUUCCUUUGGAAGAUGUCUUCAUCACGGGCAUUUUGGCCGAGAUGGCCAAUGUCCCCCGUAGACUUGUGAUGGAGUUCCGAAAUAAUGCUGCUCGCAUCCCGGCAAAAUUUUUGGGAUGCACUCUUCUUCGCACUAUCUCCAUUCAUCAGGUGACCCCUUUUGAACAGAAAGAAAUGACAAUCUUGGCUCGGAACCCACAAUGUGGUCCACCGAAAUGAGCUCUGAUUGCGGUCAAUGCAAGAUUCUUUUCUUUCCAAUUGGUGAGCUAUUAUUCAUACUCCGUUGAUCUUUUGCUCGAAGAGAGGCCCAAAGCUUUCGUCAAGUUCGUCGUGGACUUGCGGUCCUUUCAGGCAUGUCAAUGACACGAUUCACUUCUAUUAUUAUGCAACGAUGGGACUGAAUGUACCCUGAAGAGCGAUGCCAAUAAGCAAGACUGGUCAUAGAAAUGUAUAUAAUUUAUUUUUCCAGAAUAAUUUGCCGGUGACAGGUUCAGAGAAAUAUAUUAGGAAAAAAUAAGUUGGAAAGAGUUGCUUGGGGUUUGGGUAACCUUAUAAUCUUCUCCAGCUUAGCUUUCUAACCAAAGGAAUAACUUUCUCAAAGUUCUUCGUUAGCAUGAUUGGAAAGGUAUUCUCGUGGGAUAUCAAAGUAUACGAA